CUUCAUAGUCGGCCAACCUUUUUUUCCCUGUCUUCUUCCCAGACUUUUUUCCUUUUUCUUUCUUUUUUUCCCAUGUAGGCUAAUAUACAGGCCGGCGCUGCAAUUUCGGAAUCUGCCCUUGUAUAUGGCGGACGAAAUUUCCACAGGAGGAACCGCAACACAAACCCCCCCUGUGCAAGGCAGAACACGGAGAGAGCCUGCACGGACCGAGUAAACCUCGGCAAAUUCACGAUUCAUUACGCCAUUACUCUUUCUAAAAUGUAACGUAGCGUGUCGCGGAGGAAUAAAAAAAAAGAGAGAGAGAGAGAGAGAGCCCGUGGUGAAAUUUUUUUUAACAAUUGGAAUUUCUCGUAACUAAUUCACAAUUUUUUUUUUGGAGGAAGCAGUUCGUUGUGCAGUCACCUCUGCUCGGGGAGGGAAGAUUUCUGGAGCGGGGGAGCCUGGUUCGCAUGAGCUGCAUCGUUUUUGGAGAAGCACAGGCUCAGAGGAGGUGGAGUCAUGAGUGCACAAGAGGCACCCAAUCCUGGGAAGGAGCAGGCGGACGGUGGGAGUGCAGCCACAGAUGGCCCUUCACCAACCUUAGGCCCAAAGUCCAAGAAUACUAGUUCGCCACCUGUCACAAUAAAGAAAGAGCCUGGAACCUCGGAGACGAGUAACGGCAAAGUGGGUGAUGCCAACCCUGCUGAGAUCUGCGUUGUUAUUGGAGGAAAUGAUGGAGGAGCAAGUGGAGGUGGAUCCCGUAGAGCUCAGACCGAGGGUAUGUUUGCCCUUGGUACUCCUCCUCCAACGAAGAGCACAGACUCAUGCAUAGGUUCCUAUGUAUGUGGAGUAUGUGGGAAGAAGUACAAGUACUAUAACUGCUUUCAGACACACGUCAGGGCACACAGAGAAUCCGAGAGCAUGGUUGGAGACGGUCUACCCCCGACACCCAACAGUAGCUUCCGUUAUUCCUGUGACAUCUGUGGCAAGAAGUAUAAAUACUACAGCUGCUUCCAGGAGCACCGUGACCUGCAUGCAGUUGACGAUCCAUAUGAACAGGUAGUGUUACCUGUGGACGGCCUUAAAGAGGAGGAGCCAGUUGAACCUUACCAGAAAAUUGGACCAAAAACUGGGAGCUAUGUUUGCGAGUUCUGUGGGAAGCAGUACAAAUACUUCAAUCCAUACCAGGAGCAUGUUGCUCUUCACACACCAAUGGGCUCCUUUGAUAUGAAGGCUUCACGGGUACAGGAAUGUGGGAGCAUGGAUAUGACUAAAUUUGGCCACAGCCAAACUG